UUGCUCCUUGGAACGUUCCCAAUCAAGAGAUACCAUGCCACGUGGCUCACCAUAUUUGACCGUAAGCCUUCACUUGGCGACACGAAAUACCGAAGAAAGUCCUUCUAGUGGAUCCCACAUCCUUCAAAGUCUAUGUUUUGAUGCCCACGACACUGCCCGAUUUUUCUUUCUUGUUCUCCUCUCUCUCUCAUUUAUAGACCCUUACCCUUCUCUCCCUCUUUCACUCAUUUCUUCUUCUCCAUAUCAUGCCCUCUCCGCUGCACGCUGCCACUUGAAAAGCAAGAAUAAGGAUAUUUUUCAAAUUCACUCUUUAGUUCAAGAUCGCUUUAGCUGGGAUUCAGCAACUCCAGAUAUGACUUUUUCCACUCAUAAACAUGGGAUUUUUUCCCUCUCCAUUAUCUUCCUCCUUGCAAUUCCGUUUGCCGUCGCUCAAACACCUGAUGACACGCGGGACCAGUAUGGUUAUGCACGUGUUACUCCUUCCAUGGCUAUAAUCAUCGUCGUCUUAAUUGCUGCGCUCUUCUUAAUGGGGUUUUUUUCUAUUUACAUACGCCACUGCUCCGGCAACAGCAGCGGAGGAAGCGUGCGGGCUCUAGCCAACGGUGGUCGCUCCCGACGCGCUGCCGCGUCGCGUGGGCUUGAUCCUGCUGUGAUCCAGACAUUUCCGACUUUGGUAUACUCCGAAGUGAAGGGUCUCAAGAUAGGGAAAGCGGCGCUGGAAUGCGCGGUUUGCUUGUGUGAAUUUGAAGACGAUGAAACGCUGCGUUUAAUACCUAAAUGUGAUCAUGUGUUUCACCCUGACUGUAUAGACGUUUGGCUAGCUUCUCACACGACGUGUCCCGUUUGUCGAUCUAAUUUGACACCAGAACCCAAUGACUCGCCGCCGCAACACACCGAUUUACCUCCGGAAUCAGACCUCGAAGCUCAAAACGAUGUCGCAGUGGAAUUAGAAUCAGAAGUCUGCGACCAUAAUGAUAACGAGGGAAAUGCGCACGUGGCAGCGCCGGAGCCGGAGGUUGUGAGCGUGAACCAAACUUUGAACAGAAACCGUACACGUGGAUCAAGAUCUGAUAGGCCACGUAGGUUUCCGCGUUCACACUCCACUGGGCAUUCUCUGAUCCAACCGGGCGAAAACACAGACCGGUUCACUCUGAGAUUGCCGGUUGAGGUUAGGAAGCAGAUAAUGAACCGGGAAUUGAACCGGACAAUGAGCAUGGUCGUAUUUUCAAGAGAAAGGAGUUCAAGGAGCGGCUAUAAACCCGGAGGCGACGGAGGAAGUAGUAGAGGGAAGCAUAAACGGCUUGAGCGGUUGGACCAGGGAGCUAAAUCGGACCGAUGGGUUUUUAGUGCUGGUCCACCAUUUUUAGCAAGAGCGUCGUCGUUUUUGACGAGAGUUUCAUCGUCAGUAAGGUCGCCAAAAGUGGCAGCCAAUGACGGAGAAGGGACUUCGGCUCGACCGGGUGGAUCAGAUAAUGUGGCUGAACCAAAUAGGCCCCCGGUUUAAAGGCCAAAUUUUUUUUUGUUUGAUAUGUGAAAAAUGUUUAUAUGCAUGCUUCCCUUUUUAAAUUUGUUUAUUGAUUUUUGUCAUAAUUAAUGUAUUAUACUAAAGGGGUAACAGAAGAGGUGAAGUGAAUUUGAGAAAAUAAAUUCUAUUUUUUGUAAA